UCGUGUAGCUCAUCCAUUAUUCAAAACUUCACAAUACCUGAAAUCUAGAUAAUUUACCUAAUAAAAAUCGUUAACAGCGUAUUAAUGUUUACGAAUACGUGGUAUCUAAAAAAAUAAUAUCAUGCUUUUCUUCUCAAUCGUUGGCAGAAAUUCGUGGAUAGCGUGAUUGAAAAAAAGUAGAAUUGUUUUAAAAAUCUGUUGAAAGAUGACUUUACGAUUCUUUGAGAAUCCAUAUGAAGAUUACAGUGAUUCGAAGCAUGGAAGUACCGAGCAAGAACUAGUCGACAGGGGUAGACUCGUUAAGCUGGCGAAGAAUUAUGUUCAAGUAAUUUUGGCUAAAACGCAAAAAAGUACCCACAAGCUUCAAGAUAACCUAUACGUUGGUGAUGCCGGGAUUGCAUUUAUGUUCUGGAAGUUGAGUAAAUCUGUCGAAUUAAAAGACCUGUUUCCUUGCCUUGAACAUGCUGCGUUUUACAUUAAGCGAUCUAAGGAAACUUCACAUACAAAAGAAUCCAGUAGCAGAGCAUCCGUAGCAUUCCUUUGUGGAAAUGCAGGCAUAUCAGCUGUUUCUGCAGUGAUUGCCAGCGAACUUGGCAAAGAAGAGGAAGUUGCGAGCAACAUGGCCGACUUUCUGAAAGGCUACAAUGUAUGCAAAUCGACAAGCUACGAUGCCGAUGAAGUUCUAGUCGGUAGAGCUGGCUAUCUGAGCGGAGCAUAUUGGUUGAAUCAUGUCUUACCGUCUAAACCGAUUAAAAAUUCUGUCAUCACAGACGUAUGUGAAGUCUUGAUAACACGAGGACGUGAGUAUUCUGAUUCACGCGAUUCUCCUUUGCCAUUAAUGUACGAGUAUCAUGACAGCGACUAUCUGGGAGCAGCUCAUGGUUUGUGCUCCAUUCUUCUCGUGCUUCUGGAAUCUCCGUGGUUCGUUUCAACGGACGGUGGUUUUAACAACAUUUCGGAAACGAAACUUAAGGAUAUUAAGAAAUCUGUGGAAUACUUUUCAAAAAUGCAAGACGCUGACGGCAAUUUUUCAACCAGGCUUUACAAUUCACACAAAUUGAUUCACUGGUGUCACGGCUGCUCCGGAGCAAUCUACUUACUGGCAAAGGCGUUCCUUCUAUUCAAAGAGGAAUCAUAUAUUGAGGGAUGCCGUAAGUGUGCAGAGUCGAUAUGGCGACAUGGUUUAUUGCGGAAAGGACCUGGUAUUUGCCAUGGAAUAGCCGGAAACGGAUACGCCUUUUUGCUAAUGUAUCGACUAACAGGAGAGAAGGUGUAUCUCUACAGAGCGGCCAAAUUUGUGGAAUUUUUAACAACGGAUACGUUUAUGUCUGAUUCUCGCACUCCCGAUCGACCGUACAGUUUGUAUGAGGGCUUGGCUGGAACCGUCUGCUUCCUUGUAGAUGUAUUGAACCCGCAAGAAUCGUAUUUUCCAUUUAUGGAUGUUUUUAACGUUAAAUAUAACGCUGAGUAAGAUACGACAAUAAGAGUCAACAAAAUAAAUAACAUAAAA